UUGUUCACAGCGAUCGCAUCGUCUCCGCAACUCUUUAAAUAAAACCAAACAAACAUGAAAUUCGUUAUUGUGUUUUUCGCUUUAUUCGCCGUUGCCUUGGCAGCACCACAACGGGAUGCGGAGACAGUGCGUUAUGACUCGCAAGUUGAACCAUUGAACUACCAAUACAAUGUUGAGACCAGUGAUGGCAAGGCUGCCCAGGAACAGGGUGAAGUACAGGAUUUGGGUUCUGAGGAUGAGGCUAUCGUUGUCCGUGGCUUCUACUCAUACAUUGGUGAUGAUGGUCAGACCGACAAGAACGGUUUCCAACCACAAGGUGCUCAUAUUCCCGUCGCUUAAAUGUCUGUGAUUUAGCUACUUCUUGUUACUUGUUGACUAGUUUUAAUUAGUAUUAAUCGAAAUGAAAAGAUGCGAAAAUAAAUUAUAAA